AUGCAUUUGUAUCGCUUAUGUAAUAACUUUAGUGUGGCAAUAUGCACCAUAACGUUGCUUUUCCUGCAACUUAGCGCCGCCAACAAAUACAACGUGUCCUUGGCGCAAAUGGAUACGUGCAAGGAAUUUCGCAUAGCCAACACCGGAUAUGCCUACACGCAAUUCUUUCACUUGCACAAAUUGACCAACAACAAAGUGAACGCCAACGAACGGUUGCAUUUGAAAUUCUACGUGCUCGCACCGAUGGAUGCACACAUCCUGUUGUCGACCAACGACAGGCCGCUCUCCAGGGACCGAGUCUAUGAAGUGGUGAUUGGCGCCGGGCAGAAUUCCUUCUCCUCCAUACGCAGUCGCAUGGCCUCGAUGCGCGUCUCCACAAGUACGAUGGCAAACAUUUUGACGAUGUACGAUCCGACGCCCAUCGAAAUCAUACAAACGAAGGAUGGCACACUUUCCGUUUACAUUCCGGGUUUGAAGCAGGAACCGCUUUUGAAUUACACGGAUCCCGCGCCGCUCGAAAUCAAUUAUCUGAGCUUCAGUAGUUUCGGCUCGACGCCGGCAAAAUGGUACUACGACUGUCAAUUCGAUGGCUUCGCUGAAGAAAUGGAGGAGGAAGCACAUGAGACCGACCUUUUUCACUCCCUGCUAGCGAAUUUGACUAAGAAUUUCGCGAACGAGUCGGUGCCCAUGGAUCUGCAGUCGGUCAACUUCGCAUUCCAACUGAAAUCGGUCGUUUAUAAUCAUGAAAAGUCGAUUCUACACACACGCUUGCAUUUAUCGUUGUAUUGGCAAGAUCCCAGACUUGCUUGGGAUGCGGAUGCGUUUGGUAUUGCCGGCGUAAGUUUCGGCUACAAAGAAGUACCGAAAAUUCUAUGGCUACCAGACUUAAUAGUGCUCAACGCCGCCCACGGCAGCAACACGCAACGUGAACCCGAUAUCGGUUUUAUGAUCUAUGCUAACGGCAACGUAACCAUGAUCAACACGAACGCCGAAUUCGUGACUUGGUGCGUGGAUACGAAGCAAAACUGGCCGCAUGAACGCCUCAAUUGCGGUCUAAUAUUGGGCAUAGAGUCAUUUUCGCCGCGCACACGCGAGCCGAUCACCCUGCAAUACGACAAUACGAUGCCAUUGCCUGUGGAACCGUUCAGCAUGCUAAGCGAGUGGCAUUUCAGACAAAUAAGUAUAUCGCAGAUUGUCAAUGCAGCAAGCAAUACGAGCCGUUAUGAUACACAAGCCAUUGCCCAAUCCAUGAACGGCGACAUAUCGUUGGAUUUCACGAUCGAAAGGAAUGACGCGUUUUACCGGAACGUCUACACGAUGCCAAUUUUGGCCUGUGAGACGUUGCUGGUCUUGUCUUUCUUGCUGCGCGGCUAUCGACGCGGUGGUCUAAUAUUGGUGGUGUUCUUCGUCAUCUCCAUGGGUUUGAUGUUCGUCACAAAGCAUGCACCCACCGCCUAUAUACCGAACAUAUUGCAUGCUUAUCGUCAUGUUAUGCGCAGCGCUGCCUUCUGUUACCUAUUGCAUGUGGCUUUAAUUUGGUUGGAGCUCUAUCCUCCCAAACCGAAACCGUUCGAUUGGUUGAUGUCUUUGCUAAAUGUGUCGGCUCUGCGGCUGUUGCUUUGUAUGCGCUUGGUCGAUUGCGAUCAAUAUGUGAGCAUGCAGACACAUCCGUGGCGCGAGCUGGCUAAGAUGAUCAACAACUGCUGCUUCAUCGUCGUCUCCACUUUAUUUAUAAUUGUCGACAUUCUGCUUUUACCGAAGUUCUAGAAUCCUUUGGCUUUCACUUAGAAACGGAUGCUAUGAGUUUUACGAAUCUUUUUGCUGUAUUUUAAUUAUUAGUUUGUAUUUGUUUAUGAAAAUCACACAAAUUAUAUUUUUUAAC